GUGGACGCCUCGCUGUCGCUUACGGAAACACGUUGGGUCGACUUCCCCUAUGUUGGUGGACCGGUCUGGUGGCGACCUUUUCACUAUGCACGGAAAGUCCAGUUGGGUCUGAGCAGUCCUGGAGCAAGAUCAUGGCCCUGAAGAUGAUCCAGAAGGUCCCGCUGCUCUGGCAGAUCGGGAUUCACCGUGGCCCCCAUGUUGCAUCUGUGUGCCCCCUCACCAGGCUCCUGAGAACUAGCAGUGCAGGUCAGCCCUCAUGUGUUGCCUGCCCCUGCGUCAGAAGACAGGGCUGCAAGAACCCUCAGUCGGCCCGUGGAGUUAGGAGCCUCACCACCAUCGCCAGGGAGCCGUGUUUCAUUGCCAGCAGCUCCGUGAGACUCCACAGAGAUUCUGUUCCCCACCUCCGUUUAGCGCAGCUGCAUCGACCCACAGCUGCAGAGGAGCAGGGUUUCCAGCGGCGACUGGAGAGUUGCUCCUCCUCUCGUCAGGUCUUCAAAUUGUUGUGCUCGGUGGAGAUUUUGUCUGACACCAUGGCUGCUGCGGCGCUUCAUCGGGUGGCCGACCUGGAGCAGGAUGGAUACUCACUGAAGGACCCAACAGUGCUGGAGAAAGACACUAUCAGGGCCUUGUGCCUUCAGCUGGAGCAGGACUCUGGACGGCUAACAGAUGCUGGGCUGGUAUCAGCCCUACUGGCCUGUACACGCCUCUUCUUGGAUCCAUGGAGCACUUUGAUGGUGCGGCUGAUGUCUGAGAGUCAGGAUAGGCUAGAUUGUGGGAAGCUGAGCAUACAGCAGCUGUGUACCUUAGGUAAGGCAAUGCUAGCCAUAGAGGGUCCUGGUUGUGUGAUACUGGAGCAGGUGAUGGAGCACAUCCAGAAGCAGAGCCCUGCCCAGUGGAGCCUCUCUGAUCUCAUUGCUGUUUAUAAGCUUCUGCAAGGUGGUGUGGGUGAUGAUGGAAAAUACAGUGAUCUGUUGAAUGCCAUGCACACCCACUCUCAGACAGUCGCCUCUCGCAUGGAUUCCACUGCCAUCAGUGUGCUGCUUCAUGCUCUUGUGACACUAAGGCAGAAUCAGGCCAUGCCUCUAGUGAUCAACCUGUGUAAGCAGGCUGUUCGGCAUGUACCCUACUUUACUGAUGAGGAGCUCACCCUUGUGGUUGGGGCGUUAAUCCACUUUGGGCUGAGUGAUCAUUACUUUGUCGAGGCACUGGAGAAGUACGUCCCUACAAUGGCAUUCACUUCCCAUCCUGAGACGGUCACCAAGGUGAUCCAGUUCUUUGGCAGGAGGAAUGUUUUGUCCCCAACUGUGUUUGAUGCUGUUGCCGAGAGCUUUGUGUACCGAGCAGAGAACUACAACACCAGCCAGGUGGCCAGGCAGAUCAUGGCUUUCGGGAUGCUUGGAUACCUGCCACCCAAUGCAGCUCAAGUGUUCAGGAAAGUUGAAAACAUCGUGCAAACACGCUUUUCACAGUUCCAGCCUCGAACGCUGCUCAACCUGCUCCACGCCUGCACACUGGUCGAGAGGUUCCCUGUCAAUUUUGUCUCCAAAGUCUUUAGCAGUUACUUCCUCGAGCAGCUGCAAGAGCAAGAUGCAAGAAUGGAUCGGCUCGUCCUGGCACAGCUGACUCAGCUCUACAUGACUGUGAAGCUGGAGUGUCCUUUCUAUCAGGGUCCCAGGCUCCUUCCAAAGUAUCGUGUCAAGUCUUUCCUCGCUACUGGACGCUCGAUUGAGACACCGGCGGACGGGCAUCUAUACAACUCUGUGAAAACGGGACUGAUUGAAUUGCUCGGGGCACGUUCAUACUUUGGAUCCAAAGUUCUGACACCGUACUGCUACACACUUGAUGUGGAGAUAAAACUAGAUGAAGACGGAUAUGUGCUGCCUGCUAGUCGAACUGAUGAUGUGUACAAAAGAAUUGCUCUUUGCAUUGAUGGACAAAAGAGGUUCACUACAAACGUGAGGAAGCUGCUCGGGAGAGAAGCCAUGAAGCAGCGACACCUGAGACUUCUGGGAUAUGAAGUUGUUCAGAUCCCUUACUAUGAAUUUGAUAACCUGGAAACCAUGACCAGCGUCGUAGCAUAUCUGCACCAAAAAAUCUUCCCUCACACCUACAGGUUGAGUUGGUGAUGAUAUGAUGAACAUGUGGAGGAUGUGACACAUCAGAGGCUGUUGCCUUUUCUAGAGCAUAUUCUUACUUAGAGAAAUCAGUAUUUAUUUUUGCUAAGAUGUCGGUACCAAAUAAAUGUUUUUUAAGUUAUUAAUUAUGCACUUCUACAUAACUUUGCAAUAAAGUGAGUUCUUAAACAAA